AUGGAUCCAUCACUUUUCUCACCAAGUCAAGAAUAUGGCAUAGAAAAUCAGGAAGUGAGUUUAUUUUCCACGUAAUCUCAUGAUUUUCAUUAAUUUCAGAAUUACGGAAAUUGUCUUGGAACUCUUCGCGAUACUUAUAUGAACGAAGGUUCGGAGAUAUAUUUGUCUUCUUGUCAGCAAAAUCGACAUCUACAGGUACAAUCUCAACAUAAUUAAUUCUUACCAGCGUCAAAUAACAUAUUUUUCAGACAUCAUCGAUGGAAGAAGAGAUUAUGAGUCGAUUCGGAAUUCUCGGCUUCGAUGAAGAACCAAAUAACUUCUUCAGGUUGAGAGGAGUGCGAAGUUCAACACUUCCUGAAUGGAUUCUUGAUGAAAACGGCGAUAUUCGAUCAAAUAUAACACUUGAAAAAGUUGUCGAAGCGAAUUUACUCCAAAAAUUCGCCACCGAUAAAUUGGGAUGCCAGUAAGUUAAUUUAUCAAUAAAAACAUUUCAUAAAAAUACAAUGUUUCAGUUUUCUGCAAAGCAGCUUCUAUGGGUUGUCAACAAAUGGAACCGAAAAUGAGUUGAGAGACCGAAUUUGCAAAGAAAUUUUGGAAGAUCGUGAAACUUUUCUGGUUAGCGAAUGACAGGUUCAUCGAUUUCAAAAAAACUCAAUUUUUUUUAGAGCUUAUGCAGAAAUAUUUUCGGCAACUUCUUCUUGCAACGUAUUAUUGAUGUUUCGAAUAGAAGCGAACAGGAAUUCAUCACAAAAUACAUCUGUUCAGAUAUCGCUAAUUUAUGCUUGGAUAAAAGUGCCUGCCGUGUUAUUCAAACAGCAUUAGAGGUAUUCAUUUACUAUUUUUACUCUCUAUUUCAUUUUAAAAUUUAUUUAUUUUAGCGUCUGAAACCUCGGUAUGCUGAUGCUUUGGUUGAUUCAAUUCCACGCGAUCGACGUUUAAUGUCAAUUUGUACUGACCAAAAUGCAAACCACGUGAUUCAAAAAGUUUGUCGAUUCCUCGUUAAUCUUCAUAAACCUGAAUUUUUGUAGAUUGUUAAAACAAAAUCACUCAAGAGAUGGUCCUUCGUAGUUGAUUUUCUAUGCAAAUCCGAAGAGGAAAAUCUGUUGAAUAUUUGCCAAGAUAAAUAUGGAUGCCGUGUAGUUCAAACUAUCGUCGAAAUUCUAUCAAUAAACUCUUUCCGAAAACGCGACGAAAAAGAUAGUAGAAUGCGUCUUUUGCAUAAACUGAUGAAUAGAAUUCUGUUGAAAUGCCACAAAUUGACAUCAAAUGAGUUUGCGAAUUAUGUCAUUCAACAUAUUAUUUCGGAUCGAGAUGUGUUGAAAGUUUAUCGAGAUACGAUUAUUGACAAAUGUUUGUUGUAAGUUGGAAAACAAUUUAUUGAGAAAAUUAGAAAUUGAUUUAUAUUUCAAGGCGAAACUUAUUGUCAAUGUCCCAAGAAAAAUAUGCCUCUCAUGUUGUUGAACAAGCAUUAGCACAUGCUCCAUUGCACCAUCUUUUGGAUAUGAUGGAAGAGAUUUUCGAUGGUUAUGUACCUCAUCCGUAAGCUCUUUAUUUUUUUGUGUAUUUGUAAAAGCUUCUAACUGAUUUCCUCUUAAGAGAGACUGGAAAAGACGCGUUGGACAUUUUGAUAUUCCAUCAGUUCGGUAAUUAUGUCGUUCAGCGAAUGUUACAAAUUUGCUGCGAUGCGAUAAAUGGAAAACGGUGAGAUUACCUUUGUUUACUAAUUGAGAAAAUAUUUAUAUUUUGACAUUUUGCAGAAAGACGGUUCUUGAUGGUGUCGAUUGUCGUGAUCGAUUUGAAACUUGGUUGACAAAAUUGAAUUUGCGAGCCAGAAGAGAAAAAUAUCGAUUAACACGGUAAAAAUUCAUAUUCUUCGAAUCCGAAAAUUAAAUUUUGCAAAAACAAUGACUUUCGAAAUAUCUAUACUUCGAAAAUAUUAAUUAUAGUCUUCAACCUACCAUUUUCAUUAAAAAAUAUUGAAUUGACCACCAAAAUUCGGACAGGAUUUAAAAUGAUCCAAAUUGUUUUAUUCUAAAAAUUUUGCAGCUUCUCAUCUGGAAAGAAGAUUCUCGACAUCCUCCAAACAAUGGAAGAAACCUACGAAUUCAGUCAUUCACCAUUCCAAUUCCAAGUCGAUCAAACCAUCAUCGGUGCACCAUCUUCUCCACAGAUGAAUUCAUUAUUGUUCACAUCUUCAUCCGGCUGGCAAUCACCACAAAACUCGACAUCUUCAAUCGAUUAUCCAUAUUUUGAGUAG